AUGCCGAAAGCGAAGAAGAGCAAGGGCAAGGGCAAAGAGAGAGCCGUGAGCCCGGACGUCGACAGCCCCCGUUUCCGCGCCAAGCCGUACCGGUGGGACAAGCUCGGCGAGCCCAUCAGCAACGCGGACGGAUGGGCUAAGACGAACAAACGCGACAAGCAAAAGUCAGAUCUGAUGCUUAAGUGCACCCGCUCGCUCGACCCGACUCCCCUUGUAGUUGAACUCACGAAACAGGGGUAUUGCAACGUUGACAGGAAGUUGGCCAAGCGGUCUGGUCUGCCGACGCCACCGAACCAUACGCCCUCGGGCUCCCAGGCUUCGAUGUCUGUCUUCUCGGCAACCCCACCGAGCCAGGCUGGGACACACGCUUUGACACCAGACGCGACGCCAGGUGCGACACCGACCCCGACGCCACUUCCGCGCGUAAUCCUCAGGGCCCCCGGCUACACGCCUGUCAGGCCCUUGGAGCACGUGAGCCACAGUGAGGAGACAGAUGACGAUGCGAUGGAGGUUGAAGCGUCUGUCGCCCCGCGCACGCCGGUGCUGCCUCGGGGUACCGCUGAGCCUUCUCGUCAUCUCCCGCCACUCCAAUCUCUCAACCGAGGUGUUAGUCCCGAUCGUCGAGUUACCUCUCUACCCGCCAUCAGCCAGCCUGUCACUCCUGAGAACCGCUCAUUCCGUUCCCGUACCUCUGCCUACAGCCGCACACCUACUCCCGAGACCCCAUCUCCUCCCCGCCCCCAGAAACCUGCCAUUUCCGUCGUCACUGUGUUCUCCUCGCCUCCCGGCGCCACGCGAUUCGCUCACUUCCCCGGCGAGGAUUCAAUCCUCCUCCGACCCGGCGACGGCCGUGUCCCAUUCCUCAUCCCCUACGCACCGAAUGAAGACGAUGCGCGACUCGUGAAUCAGCUUGGACCUGAGCCGUGCGUCGCCUGCAGCCAUGAAGAUGUCCCCUCCGUGUUCGGUAACAUAUAUGUUCCUAAGCAGGGGUGGGGGAUCGUCGGCGCUCCGCCUUGUCUGCGAUGCGCAGCCGUCGGACGCACAUGUACCUGGCGGAUUCACAGCAGUGACGGAUUCUUCGCCACGUCGCGACUCAACUUUGUCGUCCUCGACAGUCCCGGAGUGACGGGCACAGGAGUCUUUGUGAAGGCUUCCGACAUUGAGGCGCACUCGCACGGCGAAAUUGCGGAAGCCUUGCACCGAGGGGAGGGUGAGGUGUUCGAAUCCGCGUGGUUCACUGUGCUCCCAACCCUUCUCAGUUUGUGGGAGCAGUACGAUCUCGGCGCACCGGAUGCCGACGCAAAGGCGCCACACUUCUGCACAGCCAACAUUCUGGCCGAGGACCGCCGGCCCCGUCCCCCGCUGGCUGAGGUGGUCGAAGCUCUCCGUGGUCGCGAGAUUUAUACUCCUGAUCUGGUCAGCGACAUCCUGCGCCGUCUCCCCUACACCGAGAAUGGCAUGGAGGCAGGUCUACUUCGGGCCGGGGACGAGUGGGGAGCUUGGAGUUUCACCCAUGGCGAAUUGUGCCUCUACCUCCGUGACACGCCUUCCCAUCGCCAGUGGGACUCAAGGGAGCUCGAGAAAGUCGAGUCUGUCGACAUGGCGCCUGCGAUGGUGCACGCUGUUGAGUGUGCUUUGAUCGGCACUGAGCUUCCAAAGAGUUGGGAGUGGGAUCACACGAAGCUCAUCCGCGAGCGGCACCGCUCGCUCCUUGCCGAUGACGCUGAGAGGGGCGCGGCGCUGUAUGAGCUCUUCCGCGCCGACUUGGGGGCUUGCGAGAUGGCGGUCCAGUUCGCCGCUCAGAGCCCCGGCAUUAUCCAGCUGAACUAG